AUGUGUAUCAAACGGAAACAAAGCGAAGAUAAGCCGGUGCCGGCAGCAGCGCCAGUGGCCCCGCGGCGGAGCCUCGUCUUCGGCAAGGCCACCCACAGCAGUGCACCACCAACGAGCACCACCACCGGCCAUCGGCACCGGGACUCGGAGAAGAAGGAAAAAAAGGAGAAGGAGCCCGGCCAGGGGAAGAAUUCGUCGAAUCAGAAAAAGGCGGCGAAAGGCCGAACUCGAAAAUCGGCGUCGAAACGCACGAAGGAGGGCACACCACCGGCCAAGAAAAAGACCACCGAGGGCGAGGAGGAGUUUGAGAAUGCUGAUAUUGAUCCAGAGCAGCUGAGCAAGGGCAAGAAGGACGAAAAAGAGGAGAAGGAGCCGACGAAGGAGGGCGGCUCGCUCGAAGAGUACGGCUCGACGGUGCCCGACUUUGACGAUGCCGAGGCGUUGAAGAAGAGGAGCAAGGAGGGCCGCGACCGGAAGAGUAAGGAGAAGCGCAACCCGCGCGCCAGCAAGGAACGGCGGAAGGACGACAAAAACCAACGGACCACC